AUGCUAAAGCAACUACUUCAAGGGCAAGCUGAUGGGGUAGUGGACACAAGCAAGAAGCUAGCUGAAAUAAACUCUAAGAUCGAGAACCUCAACACAAGGGUUUACUCUCUGGAGAAUCAUGCUUCUUCUGUUGCUGCUGCUACAAAGCAAGGACAACUACCUGGUAAAGCUAUUCAGAACCCCAAGGAACAGUGCAAGGUCAUCUUCACUCAAGAAGGACUUGUUGAAGAAGAGGAUCAAGAAAGGGUCAUUGAAGAUUUUUGUUUACUGCUGAAUGAUGAAGAGAUUGUUGCUGCUGAGGCUCCUGGAGUCCAGAUUGAUCAACCAGAAGUGCAUGCACCUACUGUGGCCAUUCACACUUCACCAGUUGAGCUCGCACGACAAGCUCGAUCGGCAGCUCGAUCGAGUCCGACCUCUUCUGUCCGACAGCCUGUUUUGCUUGAUCCUAUCAACCAGUUGCCGCUUCCUCGUCUCGCCUACUUAGUCAAGGUCACAAGGAAGUGA